CGCACCCCAUAGGACACGCAAAUCGCUUUCACCCUUGUGUCGCCUGAGUGUUUCAUGAAAUUUCGGCGCUGGGAGAGUGCCUCGAAUUGAACGUUGGAAUCGGUAUCAUCGAACACCGUGAUUAAUGUCAGGCAUUGCGAUUGCUAGGCUCGCCGAAGAGCGGAAAGCAUGGAGGAAAGAUCAUCCUUUCGGAUUUGUAGCACGACCUAUUAAAAAUCAGGAUGGAACUCUUAACUUGAUGAAUUGGGAGUGUGCAAUUCCUGGAAAAAAGUCUACACCAUGGGAGGGUGGACUUUACAAACUACGUAUGAUUUUCAAGGAUGACUAUCCCUCUAGCCCACCGAAAUGUAAAUUCGAACCUCCAUUGUUCCAUCCAAAUGUAUAUCCAUCAGGAACAGUAUGCUUAUCACUCUUAGAUGAAGAGAAAGACUGGAGGCCAGCCAUUACUAUCAAACAGAUCUUGCUUGGUAUUCAGGAUUUGUUAAACGAACCAAAUGUCAAAGAUCCAGCACAAGCAGAAGCAUACACAAUAUAUUGCCAAAAUCGUUUGGAGUAUGAAAAACGUGUCAGAGCGCAAGCUAGAGUAAUGGCUCCCCAGGAAUAAGUCUAUAUUAAGUAUCAUUCAAUUCAAUUAUU